AUGUCCAGUUUAUUAUCCGUGACCAGUCGAGAAUCUAGUGACCAGCAGCCGACCUGUGACUCCGAGGAAGAUGCCAUGGAUGUGGGGAUGCACACCUUCAACCACACCCAUAUGAGAAAGGCAUUUCAGCUGAUGAAUGACAUGAGGAGGUAGGUUGGUUUCACCCCUGCCUAGGGUCCCCUUUUUUCAUCACUGAAAAUAAGCCGUAAUGGCCUUUGUAAGAUGUUGAUAUAACCCAGUGUCAUUAUACACAGUAAUAGCCAACACAUUAUACAUAAUGGCCUAUCCUUGGCACUGAGUAGCCUACUUUGCAAUGAAUGACCUAGUACUACAGUGACCUCUGCACACAGCUGGAGCACUUAUAUCAUUUUAACAUUUUAAAUAUAAUAAAUAAUAAUAAUAUGCCAUUUAGCAGACGCUUUUAUCCAAAGUGACUUACAGUCAUGUGUGCAUACAUUUUUACGUAUGGGUGGUCCCGGGGAUCGAACCCACUACCCUGGCGUUACAAGCGACAUGCUCUACCAAUUGAGCUACAGUCAUUUAGCAGACGCUCUUAUCCAGAGUGCAUACAUUUUUUUCUUUCUGUUGACAGUUAUUUACAAAUCAUCAGUAUGAUGUUGACAGUUAUUUACAAAUCAUCAGUAUGAUGUUGACAGUUAUUUACAAAUCAUCAGUAUGGUGAUUUGGGAAAACACUGUUCAACCAUCAUCUUUUGUGUUUACAGUAAGAAUAUGCUGUGCGAUGUUCUGUUGGUGGCGGGAAACGUAGAGGUGACAGCUCACAAAUUGGUGCUAGCCUCCUGCAGCCCCUACUUCUGUGCCAUGUUCACAGGUAUUAGCCUUCCUACAGUUCAUGGUAAAUAGACUGUACUGUAUACGUUUAUGUGUAUAGGCUACAUUUGUCAUCAUUGUGAAAGCCGUGGGUCAAGUGAAACAUGUUGUGAAAGUGAAGCCCACUUUAUUGUGACAGUGAGAUGAUUGUUUUCCUCAUGUCACAUAAAACCUUCUCAAGUGGGUUCUCUCACUGUGUGUGGCGGACAGGGGACAUGAGUGAGAGCAAAGCCCAGCAGGUGGAGAUCAGGGAUGUGGAUGGCCAGACACUAAAAAAACUGGUGGACUAUAUCUAUACAGCUAUGAUUGAAGUAACUGAGGACAACGUUCAGGUGAGCUACAGCUUCCCUAUCUGUGUCCUCCGACAUGUUUAAGUGGAGUCAAUGGAUUCUUUCAUGUUGCUUUGGCAUUCCUUCAUUGGUCUCUUCAGAAUUAGACUUUUUAUGUGGCAUAAAGUUGUCUCCCCCCUCCCCAGUCCAUUCCCUUUCUCCAGCAUUGACAGUCUGCUCCUUCAUUCCUUGCUGUCAAGGCCAGGGUUUCAGCAGGCAGGGCUUUUCCUCUUAUUAUUGACUCAGGAAAUGUGCAUGAAGCGAGAGGAAAUCCUCUCAAUGUUUGCAACAUGCCUGCUUUGUGUGUGUGUGUGUGUUUUAGUGGCAUCCAAGCCUUGUCGUAAGACUGGAUCAUUUUUAAUUAUGUGUGUGUGGUGCUACGGUACUGUCGGUGUGGGCUCUCUCAGAAUGUGUGGGCCACAACUGCUGAAAACACCCACCUAUAAUAGUCAGCCUGCAGCUCCCUGUUCAGACCUAAGCGCAACAGGCCAAAACAAAAUCACAUGCCUAAAUUAAAGGAGAGCCUAGCAGAGUGACCUAGUUUCUGUGUGCCUGCCUGUGUGGGGAUGUGGACAAAUGGGAGCGCUGGGCUCCCUGUAAAAGCACAAAAUAGUACUGAAGGACUGGCAGGCUAGAGGCUAAUAAACCAGAGAAGCCAAAUGUCUCCUUUAGAAUUGACCACUGUGUACCACCAGUACACAUUAUUCCAGUUGUCCGGCUAUAGUCUGAGAGCCAGGGCUGCAGAGUUCUCCUGUAAUCCCUGCUGUCUCUGUUUUGGGUUUUUCCCAGCUUAAGCUCAUAUCCUAGUAAAUAUGUGGCUGUUUCUGACCCUUUGUCCAGUGAGUGGCACUGACAUCAUGGAUCAUGGCCCCCUGUAGAUAAAGUCUGGGCUCCAUUUGGGUUGCCCUUAAUUAUGGUAUUAACUCUACUCUGGAAUUGAAUUGAAAUGAGUCUGCCUCCCAUAGAUUCCUCAAACCACUGAAUAGUAUUAAAAUCCUCUGAAUUCUAAUUGAAAACGUGGAGAUUUGCUUGGCAUUAGAAAUGAAUGACAAGGAGAUCAUUUUCCUGCUAUGUAUUCUAUUAAUUGACCUGAUGAUAUUGUCUUGUAUUGGGCCUGCCUUCUCUCUGAUGGCUGAUCUGAGAGUGUCCAGUCUCCUGCUGCGUGUUCUGACCCCUGUGUUGUGUCUCUGUAGGUGCUCCUGCCUGCAGCCAGCCUCCUGCAGCUGAUGGACGUGAGGCAGGUGUGCUGCGAGUUCCUGCAGAGCCAGCUGCACCCCACCAACUGUCUGGGCAUUCGAGCCUUUGCCGACCUCCACACCUGCACACAGCUCCUCAACCAGUCCCAUGCCUAUGCUGGUGAGUGGAGCCCCACCUCACUUCUAGGUUUCACCAGGCAGAGAGAGUAAGCUUAGCGGAGGGGAUGGAGAAACUGCCCUCUGUCUUGGUCAGUCAGUACCAACAGAUUGCCGUUAAAAAGCAUACAGUGGGUAUUUAUGACAGACUACUUUGAGCUUCAAGUGAAGGGAGUUCUUGACUCAGACUGCUUUUAGAAGAUGUGACCCACCCUGGUCCUGUUUUGCAUGGACAUUGUUCUGCGCAAACCUUCUAUCCCAUCUAAAUGUCAACAGAAUAUCAAAUUUGACCUUACAUUGUAGAGACGUGGUAAACUGCUGGGGCUUGCUGGCCGUAUGCUGAUAACCUUUGUCAUUGCUCAGGGGUGUAACGGACCAUGAACAGCCUAUGUGUUUGUGUUUGUCUAACCGUGUGCUUGUGUUUGUUUAACAGAGCAGCAUUUUUCCGAGGUGAUGCUGGGAGAGGAGUUCAUGGGCCUGUCUCUGCAGCAGGUGUGCAGUCUCAUAUCCAGCGACAAACUCACCGUGUCCACAGAGGAGAAGGUAGGCCAGCCACCAGAACAUCCCAAACCAAACCCAAACACCCCUCUGCUUCCUUUCUGUUCAGGGACACACUGCAGGCUCAUAUCCUAUCCUAAGUGAGGACUACUUUAUUUCCCAUAACUAUGGAAGACAAGUGCACACCGGCAACUCACCGUGACAACAGAGUCCCCGUCACUCACCGUGACUAGAGUCCCCAUCACUCCCUCCUGCUGUAAGAGGACCAGAGUGACUUACCACAGAGAGAAAGAGAGCUCGACCUGAGCUGUUACUGUUGCUACUACUGCUGCUACUUCUGAUACUGCUGUUACUGCUACUGUUGCCACUGCUGUUGCUACUGACAACAGACUCCUCAUCACUCACCAUGACAACAGACUCCUCAUCACUCACCGUGACAACAGAGGCCCCAACACUCCCUCUUCUUCAACCCACAUGUACACAACAACAUGACACCAGUCCUGUCUCUAUUAUCUGGCCCCCCGUCUCCUGUCUAUCCAAUCACAGCUCUGAUCCUAUCUAUCUUCAGGGAAUAGAGCAGGAGAGUGGAGGAGCAGGUUGGAUGAGCUAGAGAGAGGGAUGGCAGAUGGCUGUCUCAGUCUGUCUUCAGAUAAAUGAGGGGAGUCACAGCACCAGUUACAUUCAGUUCCUGUUCCCCUCCUGGUAAAUGUAAUUAACCCUUUGUGUUCUCUCUCUCUCCUCAGGUAUUUGAGGCCAUUGUUGCUUGGAUAAAGCACGACAAGGACGCUCGUCUGGAGCACAUGCCAAAGCUAAUGGAGCACGUUCGUCUGCCACUACUGUCCAGAGAUGACCUAGUACAGGUGGGUCCUACUGUCCAGAGAUGACCUAGUACAGGUGGGUCCUACUGUCCAGAGAUGACCUAGUACAGGUGGGUCCUUCUGUCCAGAGAUGACCUAGUACAGGUGGGUCCUUCUCUUCCAGAGAUGACCUAGUACAGGUAGGUCCUUCUGUCCAGAGAUGACCUAGUACAGGUGGGUCCUUCUGUCCAGAGAUGACCUAGUACAGGUGGGUCCUUCUGUCCAGAGAUGACCUAGUACAGGUGGGUCCUUCUGUCCAGAGAUGACCUAGUACAGGUAGGUCCUUCUGUCCAGAGAUGACCUAGUACAGGUGGGUCCUUCUGUCCAGAGAUGACCUAGUACAGGUAGGUCCUUCUGUCCAGAGAUGACCUAGUACAGGUGGGUCCUUCUGUCCAGAGAUGACCUAGUACAGGUAGGUCCUUCUGUCCAGAGAUGACCUAGUACAGGUGGGUCCUUCUGUCCAGAGAUGACCUAGUACAGGUGGGUCCUUCUGUCCAGAGAUGACCUAGUACAGGUGGGUCCUUCUGUCCAGAGAUGACCUAGUACAGGUGGGUCCUUCUGUCCAGAGAUGACCUAGUACAGGUGGGUCCUUCUGUCCAGAGAUGACCUAGUACAGGUAGGUCCUUCUGUCCAGAGAUGACCUAGUACAGGUGGGUCCUUCUGUCCAGAGAUGACCUAGUACAGGUGGGUCCUUCUGUCCAGAGAUGACCUAGUACAGGUGGGUCCUUCUGUCCAGAGAUGACCUAGUACAGGUGGGUCCUUCUGUCCAGAGAUUUCCUAGUACAGGUGGGUCACUCAGCACCACCAUUCACCUUGUUGUCACAUAGCAUUAAUAAUUAAUCAAGCACCCACAUGCUCCAUCAUACAAAUCAAACUGUGAUAUGUGAAAACCCACUGCAUUGUUUUAUUCCAGAUGGUGAACUUGACAGAUGGUGAACUUUGUGCUUGUUUCGUGUGUCUGUAUUGCUCACUGUGCUGUGUCCUGUGGAGCAGAUAGUGGAGAAGGAGGCCUUGAUUAAGAACAACAACUCCUGUAAGGACUUCCUGAUCGAGGCCAUGAAGUACCACCUCCUACCCGCUGACCAGCGCCACCUCAUCAAGACCGACCGGACACGCCCACGCACGCCUAUCAGCCUGCCCAAGGUCAGACAACACGUGCAUCACACACACACACACACACACACACACACGUUUGUUUUACUAUCCUUGUGGGGACCAAAACAUUUAUUCCCAUAAAAAAUCUUAUUUUCCUUAACCUAACCUUAACCCCUAACCCUAAUUGUAACCCUAAACCUAACCCCUAAGCCUAAAAUAGCAUUUUUCCGUGUGAGGACUUCUGGUACCCACAAGGAUAGUAAAUCCAAACCACACACACACAUUACUAUCCUUGUGGGGACCAAACAUUUAUUUCCAUUCAAAGUCCUAUUUUCCCUUACCCUUACCCUAACUCCUAACCCCUAACCCUAAUUGUAACCCUAAACCUAACCCCUAAGCCUAAAAUAUUUUUUACUUGUUGGAGCUGGGAAAUGGGAGGGAGGAUGUUCCUUAUAUUACUACCCUUGUGGGGAUUUCCGGUACCCACGAGGAGAGUAAUACAAGGCCAAAAACACACACACAAAGUUAUUUAUACCCUCUGACUUUGACAUUAUCUGAACCAACCGGAGCCCUAUUGUUGUGUUAGGUGAUGAUAGUGGUGGGUGGGCAGGCUCCUAAGGCCAUCCGUAGUGUGGAGUGCUAUGACUUCCUGGAGGACCGCUGGUACCAGGUGGCUGACCUGCCGUCCAGACGCUGUCGGGCAGGUAAACACACCUCCCUCUGGCCACUACUACCUCUGAAAUCACACACUCCUCUCUGACUUGUCUGUUCUACUGGGGAAACCUAAAAGCCUUUAACGUCUCUCUCUCUCUCUCAGGUGUGGUGUUCAUGGCAGGGAGGGUGUAUGCUGUGGGAGGCUUCAAUGGCUCGUUGCGAGUCAGAACGGUGGACAUGUACGACGGGAUGAGAGACCAGUGGACCACAGUACCCAGCAUGCAAGAGCGACGCAGCACUCUGGGGGCAGCCGUGCUGGGGGACCUGCUCUACGCUGUGGGGGGCUUCGACGGGAGCACAGGUACCCAGUCCUUACCCCCCCCUUAACCCUCUUCUCCUCCCCUCGCCCAGUGUUGUGCCCUGCUUUCAGAAGGUACAUUAGAGCUGCUUUGUUAAGAGCCUUUCUCCCUCCAUCUCAGGCCUGUCGUCAGUGGAGGCUUACAGCUAUAAGACCAAUGAGUGGAUUUUUGUUGCUCCCAUGAACACGAGACGCAGUAGUGUCGGAGUGGGAGUGGUGGACGGUAAGAGAAGAAUCGUGUGUGUCAACAGUGCUUUUUGUGAGCUUCUCUUCAGUGUCCAUAUAGAGCUUCUCCUCAGUGUCUAUAUAGAGCUUCUCAUCAGUGUCUAUAUAGAGCUUCUCCUCAGUGUCCAUAUAGAGCUUCUCCUCAGUGUCCAUAUAGAGCUUCUCCUCAGUGUCUAUAUAGAGCUUCUCUUGAGUGUCCAUAUAGAGCUUCUCCUCAGUGUCCAUAUAGAGCUUCUCCUCAGUGUCUAUAUAGAGCUUCUCCUCAGUGUCUAUAUAGAGCUUCUCUUGAGUGUCCAUAUAGAGCUUCUCUUCAGUGUCUAUAUAGAGCUUCUCCUCAGUGUCUAUAUAGAGCUUCUCCUCAGUGUCCAUAUAGAGCUUCUCCUCAGUGUCUAUAUAGAGCUUCUCUUGAGUGUCCAUAUAGAGCUUCUCUUGAGUGUCCAUAUAGAGCUUCUCUUGAGUGUCCAUAUAGAGCUUCUCUUCAGUGUCUAUAUAGAGCUUCUCCUCAGUGUCUAUAUAGAGCUUCUCCUCAGUGUCUAUAUAGAGCUUCUCCUCAGAGUCUAUAUAGAGCUUCUCAUCAGAGUAUACACUGAGUAUACCAAACAUUAGGAACAGCUUCCUAAUAUUGAGUGCACCCCCCCCCCUCCCCCUUUUGCCCGCAGAAUAGCCUCAAUUUGUCGGGGCAUGGACUUUACAAGGUGUUGAAAGCGUUCCACAGGGAUGCUGGCCCAUGUUGACUCCAAUGUUUCCCACAGUUAUGUCAAGUUGGCUGGAUGGACUAUUUUUGAUACACACGGGAAACUGUUGAGCGUGAAAAACCCAGCAGCGUUGCAGUUCUUGACACAAACCGGUGCGCCUGGCAUCUACUACCAUACCCCAUUCAAAGGCACUUACAUUUUUUGUCUUGCCCAUUCACCCUCUGAAUGGCACACAUACACAAUCCAUGUCUCAUUGUCUCAAGGCUUAAAACGUAUUCUUUAACCUGUCUCCUCCCCUUCAUCUACACUGAUUGAAGUAGAUUUAACAGGUGAAAUCAAUAAGGGAUCAUAGCUUUCACCUGGAUUCACCUGGUCAGUCUAUUUCAUGGAAAGAGCAGGUGUUCCUAAUGUUUUGUCCACUCAGUGUCUAUAGAGCUGUGUGUUUCUGUGCCUGUGUAUUUGUCAGUGGGCGUGUGUUGGUUUCCUGUCUGCGGUUGUACAUUGAGCAUCUCUUUGUAUGUGUUCCUCGUUGUAUUCCUCAGUCGGUGUGUAUUGUGUUGUACAGGGAAGCUGUAUGCGGUGGGUGGCUACGACGGGGCUUCACGCCAGUGUCUCAGCACGGUGGAGGAGUACAACCCAGUCAGUAACCAGUGGGGCUACAUGGCUGACAUGAGCACCAGACGCAGCGGAGCAGGUACAGACACCCCUCACCAUCAACAACCCUCUCCUUAUCACAGACUAGCUAUCCUACAUGUUUAGAAGCAGGCAAUGCUACCUCUGUGGCUUGCGGACACACUACACUCACACUGUCAGUGUCCACAGAGACAUGGUAACAUGGGAGUGCUGUGACUUUAAGUCCAGGGAAUGUGGAAUGGAGCUGUGCAAUAUGAUAUGUGGUAUAGGACUAUAUAUAGAGUUGUAAAGGGCUCAACUAACCUCACACACUAACUUUUACUGCCUACAGAGAUUCCUGGAAAUAGGCAAGGUGUCCCAAGACCCAAUGUCUUGUAAAUAAAAACAUUCUAUUGGGAUGAUAUCUCUCUUUCUCAAAGGGUUCUGUUGUGUUUUUUCCCUCCCAUUCUGUUACGUUGGUUCUGUGAGAGUGUCUCUGUGUCUCAGUGAAGGUUGUUGUUGUGAAUGUGAUCUGGUGGAGGUCCAUAGGCCUCUGUGUGUGAGCCUCCUGGCUCGGGAUGUGUUUGAGUGUCCUGUGCUCAUUGUGUAGUCUGCUCAGCUGGCCAGAGGAAGUAGCACCAACACAAUGCAGCCCCUUGAUUCCUACAGACUGCCUGGGUUCAUCCAGUACUCUACUGCUAACUAACUUACUGGCAGCAGGAGCUAGGAGGGAACAGCACAACCAUAUCAGUACAAAUAAGACAAUACUCACAGGAUGUGGUUUUAAUGCACUGCCAGUAUAUGUGUUUAUAUGGGAAUAGAUCUAACCAGACGUGUGUGUGUGUGUGCAGGUGUUGGGGUGCUAAGCGGGCAGCUGUAUGCAGCAGGGGGUCAUGAUGGGCCCCUGGUGAGGAAGAGUGUGGAGGUGUACGACCCACCUAGUAACAACUGGAGACAGGUGUGUGACAUGAACAUGUGUCGGAGGAACGCUGGUGAGUAGCCUGAUGCAACACACACUCCCCUAUGCCCAAAUAUUCUGCAUAUCAUUGUCUCUAGAGUGUGUGUGUGUGUGUCUGACCUCUUCCCACUGUGUUCAUGCAGGAGUAUGCGCCAUAAACGGACUGCUGUAUGUGAUCGGAGGAGAUGACGGCUCCUGUAACCUCUCCUCAGUGGAGUAUUACAACCCUGCCACAGACAAGUGGAGCCUCCUCCCUACCAACAUGAGCAAUGGCCGAAGCUAUGCAGGUAACCUUUCACCUUUUGACCUUUCAUACCACCUUUCAAAUGCUUGUCUCUGCGUCCAAACUCAGAACCUUCUCCUUUGAAGAAUUAAGACAUGUUGAUUGUGAGAUGGUUUGGUGUUUAAUGUGAUAUGGUUCAUUUAGUGUGUUAUUAAUUUAUGUCCUGAUGUACCCUGCUAUAUCCACUCCAGGUGUAUCCGUUAUAGACAAGCCUUUAUGACUAUCAGCCCCCGACGGCAGCAGGACCCCACAGCCACAGGCAGCAAUCAAAGGGAGCCACACAGACGUCUGAUUUUACAGUCAACUCCAUGGAAUAACACUAGCCUGACAGGUGGCUUGGGAGGGAGGGAGGGAGGGAGGGAGGGAGAGAGGGAGACCCCAGCCCAGACAGAGCUCUGCAGAGCAGCGCUGCAGUCUCAGCCCUGUAACUCUAACCGCAUUCCUUCCAGGCAGAGCGGGCCUGAGAGAGACAUCGGCUUCCAUGGUCAAAAUGACCCCAAGACUCAACAAAGCUGCCUGGAGCAAAGUGUCUUAAGACUGGAGGGGGCUGUUUUCCUACAGCCUCACAGGGGGCCAUUUAGCUACAUUAGUAUUAGGAGGGCCUCACUCUCCUCAGACUCCUUACAACUGAACAGAGGGGGGGAAUAAACUGACCUUGUUUUAAGGGAUAGACUAACUGAACUAAGACCAAGAAGGUGGUUGUUGAUUGGCCUGUGAGACUGUGACCGUGCAGACACACAUUGUGCUAACACGGGCCUCUCAAACCAACCAUGAGCUCUGGCAGUGUUGUAGUACUUGAGUCCGACUCGAGUCCUGAUUUUCAUGACUUGUGACUCGGACUUGGACUCGGAAUUGCCUUCUUGUGACUUGUAUUUGCACUAGGACUGGAUAGGCUACUAUGAUAAGGAGAAUAUUAGCAACACUGGGUGCGCAGAGCAGCAAGGGUUCUGUUCCCUAGCAGUGGGAAGGACGUGCCACACACAGCCUACAUCAGCUGGUGAGCUGCGGAGGAGCAAGACCGGAAGGCAGGCUCCGCCUCCGAUCAUUGCCCACUACACAUCGCGCAAGCAACACUCUUGCUUCCCCGUAACCACCAGUCACCAGCUUACUAUUUAGCUUUGCCUGGUUAAGAAACACAAACUGCUUUAUGAAAUAUAAAACAAUACUAGUGUUGAGUUUAAUAGUAAACAACAGUCUAGCUAUUUGUCUCUCUCUCCCCUUGAGGAUAGAAAAGUAAGCUGUCUUUGAAUUUGUCGUCUCGCUCUAGCCGCCCACUCCCCCCCCGCAUCCCAUAGCCAGGGAUGUAUUCAUUACGGAAACCGUUUACCGUUUAAGAACCAGGGGUGUAUUCAUUACGGAAACCAUUUAAGAACCAAACGGAGCAAACGAAACGGGGAAGGGAACUACCUGAAUUUGACCAAUAGAAACUCUCGUUAGCAUUUUCCGUUUGGAAUAAACGGUUUGGAAAAGUGAGUGGCGCAGUGGUCUAAGGCACUGCAUCGCAGUGCUAACUGUGCCACUAGAGAUCCUGGUUCGAAUCCAGGCUCUGUCGCAGCCGGCUGCGACCGGGAGACUCAUGGGCGGCGCACAAUUGGCCCAGCGUCGUCCAGGGUAGGGGAGGGAAUGGCCGGCAGGGAUGUAGCUCAGUUGAUAGAGCAUGGCGUUUGCAACGCCAGGGUUGUGGGUUCGUUUCCCACGGGGGGCCAGUAUAAAAAUAAUAAUAAUAUAUAUAUAUAUAUAUAUAUAUAUGUAUUCACUAACUGUAAGUCGCUCUGGAUAAGAGCGUCUGCUAAAUGACUAAAAUGUAAAUGUAAAUGAAAAGUUUUGCAACAGAAUCGGUGUAAUGAUUAUACCCCUGGUUCUGACAAGUCUCCCUUUAGUUUUCAUUCUGCAAUAAAAACCUACUCAAAUAUCAGUGUGGGGUAGCUGAGAGCCUGACUUACCAUUAAUUUAUGUAGUAAAUAAGUAGUGAAACACAGGUAUUGAGUAGAACUUGUGAGGUAAUGAUAAUUAGUAAGUGAGAUGUUUUUUUAAAAUGAGGGAGUGGUGAUAUACUGCCAUCUGGUAGCAACUAGAAACAAUUGCAUAAUAAGACCUAUAAUAAAUUGAUGGACUAGUGACUCGACUCGUGACGCGACCAUUGGUGACUCGGACUUGGACUCGACUCGGACUUCAGCCAUAGGGACUCGUGACUUGACUCGGACUCGAGCACAGGGGACUUGGGACUCGACUCGGACUCGAGGUUUAGUGACUCGACUACUGAUGUAGAAAUGCACUGAUGAUCAGGUCAGUCUCUCUGUUCUCUAUUGGAGACCUAUGGACUGCAGGACUGAGGGGCUAUGGUCACUACCAAGGUGAAAUCAACAGGCUUUCACUCUGUCUGCAGCCUGAGUGGGCCCUCCCUUUUAAUACCACCUGGACUACUGGUCUGAAGAACUUAGCAGGCAGACUGGAGGACCAACCUGGACCAGCAUUCAUCAGGAUCCACAUGCCUCAAGUACAAUUUCCAAUUUUGAAUCGAUCCUGUAUAUUGGAAUUGGCUGCAAUGGGGCACCAUGUUAAUGUAGUGUUUUAAAUGCACUGUAAAGACAACUGCAAAGUGAUAACCAACAUGCUGUCAGUCUCCUCUUGGUGUACUCUAUGUGCCAUAAUGUUCUCAUAAUGUGUCUGGGGGUUUGUUCGCAAACCUUGUCUCUCUCUGAAGGAGACGUGCCAAAUUGA